CUUGGAGUGACAUGGGGUUUUGUAAGAAGUUCAGUGUUAGCUCCAUUUCUGAAUAUAUGUGUUCAUGUGUGUUUAGCAAUGUCUAUAAUGGUAUUCAUUGAAAGAGUAUACGUAGGUUUUGUAAUUCUUUUCGUGAAGUUGUUUGGAUGGAAACCGGAAAAGCGAUAUAGAUUUGAAGCGAUUCAAGUUGAUGUAGAGAAGGGCAACUCGAAUUAUCCUAUGGUUCUUGUUCAAAUUCCAAUGUACAAUGAAAAAGAGGUGUAUAAGCUCUCAGUUGGAGCUGCAUGUGGUCUUUCAUGGCCAUCGGAUCGACUCAUAAUUCAAGUUCUUGACGAUUCUACUGAUCCAAUCAUCAAGGAUUUGGUGCAAAUAGAAUGUCAAAAAUGGGCAAACAAAGGAGUUAACAUCAAGUAUGAAAUUAGAGAUAAUCGAAAUGGGUAUAAAGCCGGGAAUCUAAAACAGGGUCUGAAACACAGCUAUGUCCAAGAGUGUGACUUUGUUGCAAUCUUUGACGCAGAUUUUCAACCCGAUCCCGAUUUCCUUGAUAAAACAGUACCUUAUUUUGUGCACAACCCUGAAAUCGGUCUAGUUCAAGCUCGAUGGGAAUUUGUGAAUGCGAACGAGAAUAUGCUGACCAGAUUCCAGGAGAUGUCGUUCAAUUACCAUUUCAGAGUUGAGCAAGAAGUUGGUUCCGCUACUUAUGCUUUCUUCGGGUUCAAUGGUACUGCUGGUGUUUGGAGAAUGUCUGCUCUUAAUGAAGCUGGCGGAUGGAAUGACCGGACAACAGUUGAGGACAUGGAUCUUGCUAUUCGCGCUAGUCUCAAGGGAUGGAAAUUCGUCUAUGUUGGUCAUAUCAAGGUGAAAAAUGAAUUGCCAAGUACUUUCAAGGCAUUCCGGUUCCAACAACAUCGAUGGUCGUGUGGACCUGCCAAUCUAUUCAAGAAAAUGGCAAUGGAGAUCAUUAGAAAUGAGAAGGUUAACCUAUGGAAGAGGCUUUAUAUAAUCUAUAGCUUCUUCUUUGUAGGGAAGAUUGUCGGACAUCUUAACACCUUCUUCUUUUACUGUGUCAUAAUUCCUGCAACCGUCUUCGUUCCUGAAGUCGAAGUUCCAAAAUGGGGCUUAGUUUAUAUACCUUCUAUCAUUUCAAUCCUCAAUGCAAUUGAAACACCAAGGUCAUUCUACUUGGUUUUUAAUUGGAUUUUCUUCCAAAAUGUCAUGUCAAUGCAUCGAACCAAAGCUACAUUUAUCGGUUUACUGGAUGCCGGGAGAGUAAAUGAAUGGGUUGUUACUGAAAAAUUAGGAGAUGCUUUACUCAAAUCCAAAAAUUCUAACAAACAAGCUGUUACUAAGGAUCCAUCAAACAAAUCUCGAAUGACAAGAUUCAGAGAAAGAAUCUAUCCGUUGGAGCUUUGGGUCGGAUUGUAUAUCUUGGUAUGUGCAUCUUAUGAUCUUGCAUUUGGGAAGUACUGGUACUUCCAUUACUUAUUCGCUCAAGCUAUCGCGUUCUUCGUUGCGGGUUUUGGUUAUAUUGGCAGCCAAAUACCAAAUUAA